CUAGCCAUAUCUGAAGGCCCAAUGACUAGAGCCAGAAACAAGCAACUCAAAGAAGCCAUUGGAGGAUUACUUAAGACAUCACUGAAGCAAGAAGAGAGUCUUGGAAGAAGCUUGAUCAACCAAGACACACUUGCCACAAUUCAAGCCAUCUCAGCUCCAAGAUAGACAUCAAAUGAGCAAGUACCAUGGCAGGAGAUCAAAAAGGAGAACUCACUAAGGAUGAAAAGCUUUUACUUAAGGCUAUGAGUGCUCAGAUGCAGGAGAAGAUGAAAGCCAGCCUUGAUAAAUUCCGGCAUGAGUUGAGACAGGAACUCCAACAAGCUACUGGUCAGAGUUUUGAGUCUAGAAGCAGUGAGAGGAGACAAAGACGUGGGCAUGAAGGCCGAAGCAAUCACAAAGAUAAAUUGGCUGAUCAAAAGCUAAAAAUCCCUCUUUUCUAUGGUGAUGCUGACCCUGCUGCAUACGUGGAGUGGGAAGAGAAGAUGGAGUUGAUUUUUAACUGUCAACACUCUGCUGAAAGAAAGAAGGUUCAAAUGGCUACUGCUGAGUUUUAUGGUUAUGCUUCAAGCUGGUGGGAAUCAAUUGGUGUCAUCUAGGAGACACUAUGGAAAAGAACCAGUUACAACCUGGCUUAAAUUAAGGGCUUUGAUGCGUCAUAAGUAUGUUCCAAGACAGUACAACAAGGAAGUGCUUCGAAAACAGUCUGAAACAAAGCCAUGCUCUGCAAACUCAGUUCAGAAACAACAAGUCAGUAUGAGAUCAAUUCUAGCCAGUGUUAUUGGUUUACCUAGCAAGACAACAAGCUGGUUCAGUGAGGAGGACAUAAAGAAGCUGUCUCAAGUGGUGGUGGAUGUGCAAAAGCAACUUAAAAGGACCAACACAGCACGUCCAUCCAUUGAAACACAGCACCAAGAACCAGUUACUACUGUCGCAGAACUCAAAAAUGUAGAACC